AUUUUUUAUGUUUUUCUAGGCCAGAGUGGAGCUGGUAACAACUGGGCUAAGGGCCACUACACUGAAGGGGCUGAGCUGGUGGACUCCGUCUUGGAUGUGGUGAGGAAAGAGGCCGAGAGCUGCGAUUGCCUGCAGGGCUUCCAGCUCACUCACUCUCUGGGCGGGGGCACCGGCUCUGGGAUGGGCACCCUGCUCAUCAGUAAGAUCCGCGAAGAGUACCCGGACCGCAUAAUGAACACCUUUAGCGUGGUGCCUUCCCCCAAAGUGUCCGACACCGUGGUGGAGCCCUACAACGCCACGCUCUCCGUCCACCAGCUGGUAGAGAACACAGACGAAACCUACUGUAUUGAUAACGAAGCUCUUUACGAUAUCUGCUUCCGCACACUUAAACUCACCACCCCCACCUACGGAGACCUCAACCACCUAGUGUCCGCCACCAUGAGCGGGGUGACCACCUGCCUGCGCUUCCCCGGCCAGCUCAACGCCGAUUUGCGUAAACUAGCUGUGAACAUGGUGCCCUUCCCCCGUCUCCACUUCUUCAUGCCAGGGUUCGCACCCCUCACCAGCAGGGGGAGCCAGCAGUACCGCUCCUUGUCCGUUCCAGAGCUCACCCAGCAGAUGUUUGACGCAAAGAACAUGAUGGCAGCGUGCGACCCCCGCCAUGGCCGAUACCUCACCGUGGCCGCGGUCUUCAGGGGGCGCAUGUCCAUGAAGGAGGUGGACGAGCAGAUGCUGAACGUCCAGAACAAGAACAGCAGCUACUUCGUGGAGUGGAUCCCCAACAAUGUGAAGACCGCCGUUUGUGACAUCCCGCCACGCGGCCUGAAAAUGGCAGCCACCUUCAUCGGCAACAGCACCGCCAUCCAGGAGCUGUUCAAGCGGAUCUCCGAGCAGUUCACCGCCAUGUUCCGCCGUAAGGCCUUCCUCCAUUGGUACACGGGCGAGGGGAUGGACGAGAUGGAAUUCACCGAAGCAGAGAGCAACAUGAAUGACCUCGUGUCUGAGUACCAGCAGUACCAGGACGCCACCGCCGAGGAGGGCGAGUUUGAGGAAGAGGGCGAGGAAGAAGUUGCAUAAAGCCUGAAAGGCAGCUACCACACCCACAUUUCACCCCCCCAAUCCAUCCAUCCUAAGUUGAACGUUGCACUGAUCACCCACCUAGUUCACUGUUGUUUAGUUCUAGUGAUCUAGUGUUAGACAUUGAAACUUGCUUACUAACUGUUAUUGGUAAAGUUUUGUUUAAAUUGUGUAUGUUGUAAAUGCACUGGAUUGUUGGCAUUUCUCCUGUCAUUGCCUUUUCAUCCAUGGAAGCAAAUGACUUUGACUGUGAAGUUCUGAAAGAUUAAAAUCAUGUUGAAAAGCCUC